UGAAGUUAGAUCAAGCUGCAGCUACGGAUUAAUAUACUGCUGUUCAGAUCUGACAUUUUUCCUGAUAACAUGGGUGGAGUGUGCUUAUAUUGUCCGUGGACCUGCAGACGACUGUGGCCGCUUUUUAUUUUUCUGACUGCAAUACCUUGUGGAUUUCACUGCUCCCAGAAUCCUCCACGUGGUAAUCAAUGGGCAGUAGGUCAUUUGAUGGGAAAGAAAAGCAUUGAGAGCUUGACUGAACUGCAGGAGUCAAAUCCUGACAGUGCUUAUCUCACAUCCUCGGAAACGGCCGGGGUGACAGAGUUGGGCCGAUACGAGCAUUUGAUGCAGGCACUUAUGCAACUAAAAAACCAAAAACCAAUAGAGCCGCAAACUGCAGACAGACUGCUUCAUCUACAGGGUGACUGGAGAGAAGAGGGCAGAGACAAAUAUCUCAGAGAGAUGUCAGACCUGCUUCUUCUGGCUUUGAAACUGCAAGACAGUGACUCCACCUGAAGAGAAGACAGAUACUGAACAAGUGCAGUAUAAUCACAU